AUGAACGUGCUGGCAGCAAGCAAAGUCCUCUUUGAGGUACAGCGUAGGGGCAUGGCGCAGGCCGUGAGGUGCGAAGGCGACGCCAGCUUUGAUGACCUUCCCUUCGAGAUUGUGGAUUGCAUCGUGAGAAGACUUGCAGUGGACAAGCCGGCGGCUUUCAAUGAGAUUGCAAGGGUGAACAAAAUCCUACAAGAAUCCGCGCGGCGAUACAGCCAGACUCUGGUCCUUCGCCGGCCUCCAUCUAGAAGUGCAGGGAAGGCGAUACAGAGACCAACACAGGAGAAGCAUCUUCAGGAGAAGCAUCUUCAGAAGGCAGAUGCAAAGGCUUCGGAGAAUGAAGAUGCAUGCAGGGCUCUUGCCAAGCAACUUCAGUUUUGGCCAUCGCUCUCCAACCUUGUCGUAAGCCUAGAAGCAUCGGAAAAUCUUUGGCCAGCUAUCUCAGGCAUCCAGUGGAAGAGCGUGACAGUGGCCUUGCAAUGGAGUUCACCAGGUGAAUUUUUCAGCUGCCUGUCAAAGUCCAGGAACUCUUUAAAGCGGCUAGAUGUCCAUCCAGGGGACUACUAUCCACCUAACCUCAUCAGCGGCAUCCUAUUCCUUGCGCACUUCUUUCCGGAGCUGGAGAUCCUCACACUUCGUGGCGGGAAGGAUGGAUGCAACCACUUGUCAAAGUUUUCUUUCGCCAUUAAGGAGGCUGCCAGAAGAUCAAUCAGCAGUCUCUCACAUCUGGAAAUAACAAGCCACGUGUUUCCAGACUGGUCCACUGCAGUUUCCAGAAGCCUGCCUGCUGACCUGCCAGCCCUCAUUUCCCUUAGAUGUCAGUGCAAAGUUAGCAGAGAACCGUGUCGUGCUAACAGCGCGUCACUCCGUACGAGCUUGAAGCGCCUCCAGUACUUGACUUUGACAGUACGUGAUGAGGAACUGCCAAACUCCACGCUUCAGGACGUAGCAGAAAACUGCCAAUGGUUGCGACAUCUUGCGAUCAACGCCGUUCCUUCUCUUCUGAAUCGCCUGACGCCACCUUCAGCCGAGAUUCUCGACUUCUCCACCGUUGUUGACACCUGUCCGGAUCUGGUGCGGCUCGUAGUCAGUCGGGUCUUGGUCACGUCGAGGCCUCGGUUCUUGGCACUUGUGAAAAAGCUUGGCCUCACACCUGCGUCACGUGACAACUCCGGUUUGUGGAGAAGUGAGAAGGAACUCUACACCAAGGUGCUUGUGCUGAGAGACAAGGAUUGCGACUUUACUAGGGAGGUCCUCGACGAGGCGGCUUCCUUCUCUACGCCGUCUGUACGUGUCUCGGUCUUCCGCUUGGUUGUUCCGAUUGGUUCAGAAGAUUGGGAACGACGAAAGGACUCUUUUUUUCAGCACCAAUCGCUCUUAGGAGAGGACAGCGCGGUCAAAAGCUGGAAGGUCACAGAAAGCAAACCCUGGGCGCUGGAGAAGCUUGCAAGUGUGAGCGAGAGCUUCGACCAGUCUGCGCGCCGGUGCAGCAGAACUCUGGUGCUUCGCUGGCUUCCACCAUACUGGAGAGCAAAGAAGGGACCAAAGAAGCCAAUUCGGAAGGUACCUGCUCAGACAUCCGACCUCCAGACAUCAACCCUAAAGCCGUUUCAGAAAGCACCACAGAAGCAAGAUGCAUGCACAGCUCUUAUGAAGGAAGUUGAGUCGCGGCCCUCGCUUUGCGACCUUGUCGUGGGAUGGAACGCCUGGGGAUCAGACAUCUCGCCAGCGCUGUCGAGUAUUGAAUGGAAGAGCGUGACGGUGAAAACGGAGGAGAUGAUACUCGGAUGCUUCAUUGAUUCCUUGUCAACAUCAACAUACUCCCUGAAAAGGAUGGAUGUCGACCCGGGGGACUACUAUCCACCCAACUACACCAGAGGCAUUCAGAUUAUCGCGGACAAAUUUCCAAACUUGGAAGCUCUGACAAUCCGAGGAGGGCAGGAGGGACGCGGUGAUUUCGCAGAGUUCUUCGAAAACCUGGAGGAAGACGACUCGGCCAGAAAAGAGGAUGUUUAA